UAAAACUUGAUUCUUCUUCACAGCACUAUUACCUUCACCAACACGUUGGAGCACUUCAAGCCCAUCCUCUAGCUUUCGUCUCGCUCUUCUAAGUUCCUUUUGCACACUACAAAGAAAUGGCCGAAGGAAUGCUCCUUGCCGUUGCACAAAAAAUCAUUGAAGAUUUGGGCUCUUGGGCUUUCCAAGAGAUCGGAUCGCUUUGGGAUGUCGAAGCUGAACUUGAAAACAUCAAGAACACUGUUUCCACGAUUCAAGCUGUACUUCGGGAUGCAGCAGAGCAGCAGACUCAUAGCCAUCAAGUCAAGGACUGGCUCGAAAAGCUCAAGGACGCAGUUUAUGAAGCAGAUGACUUGCUGGGUGAGUUCUACACUGAAGCUUUACAACAAGGAGGGAUAAGUGGGAAUAUUGCAAAAAAGGUACGCGGUUUCUUUUCAACUUCAAACCCACUUGUUUUACGUCGAGAGAUGAGUCGUAAAAUAAUUGCAAUGAAGCAGAAACUAAAUGCAAUAGCGGAAGAUAGGAAAAUGUUUCACUUAAAAGAAUACAAUGUAGGGCCACCUGUGAGUAUGGAAAGGGAAGAAACUCACUCAUUUGUGCUUGGUGAAAAAGUUAUUGGGAGAGAAGAUGAUAAAAAGGCCAUCAUAAAACUGUUGUUGGAGCCUAAUAAUGAAGAGAAUGUUUCAAUUGUUCCUAUAGUGGGGAUUGGUGGGUUAGGAAAAACCACACUUGCUCAAUUUGUAUACAAUGACAAGAACAUCCAAGAACAUUUUGAGCUAAAAAUGUGGAUAUGUAUAUCUGAUGUCUUUGAUGUGAAAAUGAUUAUUCAAAAAAUAGUACCGGCUCCUGAUAUGGAACAUGUAGACCGUAGCAUGGAUGAAUUACAAGAUCAACUUCGUAAAAUAAUUAAUCAAAAGAAGUACUUACUAGUCUUGGAUGAUGUGUGGAAUGAGGAUCCUCACAAAUGGGAUAGUUUAAAAGAUCUUUUAGUGGGUGGCGCUAAGGGAAGUAAAAUUGUAAUAACUACACGUGCGAGAUUGGUAGCAGAGAUUACAUGCCCAACUUCAAUAUACAGUCUUAAAGGUCUCAAUGAAGUACAGUCUUGGUUGUUAUUCAAGCAAAUAGCAUUUAGAAAAGGGCAAGGGCAAGGGACCAAUAAUCCUAGACUAGAAGAAAUUGGAAGGGAAAUUGUGCGCAAAUGUCAAGGGAUACCCCUUGCCAUAAAGUCUAUAGGAAAUGUAUUGCGCUUGGAGAAAACAGAGCAUAAAUGGUUAUAUGUCAACAAUAAUAUACUGGAAAGUGCAACUCAACAAAAAAAUGACAUUUUUCCAAUUCUAAAGUUGAGUUAUGAUUAUCUUCCAUCACAUUUAAAAAGUUGUUUUGCCUUUUGUUCCUUAUUUCCUAAAGAUUAUGAGAUCAAUAAGGUGACACUUGUACAACUAUGGAUAGCACAAGGUUUUAUCCGACCGUCAAACAAAAACCAAGAAUUAGAAGAUGUUGCAGAUGAGUAUUUCAAGGAUUUGCUUUGGAGGUCCUUUUUUGAAGAAGUGACAAAUGAAAAGGGAGAAUUAAAAUACAAGAUGCAUGAUUUAAUUCAUGAUCUUGCACAACUAGUUGCAAGGGCAGAGUGCACAAUAAUUACUUUGGAUCGAAACAAUUUUGAUGAAAAAACUCGUCAUGUGUCACUUCCAUUUUAUAUUGGCUCGUCUUUUAUUGAAACUUUAGGUUUGCUAGUUAGAGCAGAGAAGUUACGUACAUGUCUUCUAACAUUUAAACCUAAAAUUCCUUUGGGAGCGGGGUACCUAGAUGAAUCAAAGUUGAAUAAACUUUUUUUGAGUUUCAGAAAAUUGCGUGCAUUGGGUUUAUGUGGAGUGCAUAUUGAGAGAGUGCCAGAUUCUAUUGAAAAGUUAAUACAUCUUACUUACCUUGAUUUUUCUAAGAAUCCUCGUAUUGAAACUCUCCCUAAUGCUAUUUCUAGACUUUGGAAAUUGCAAACACUAAAAUUCAAUGAUUGUCAGAAGCUUAAAGAAUUACCUAGAGACAUUAGAUUUUUGGUUGGCCUCAGGCAUCUUGAGAAUAGCAGUUGUGACAGUUUGAGUCAUAUGCCUGAUGGAUUAGGGCAAAUGACAUGCCUUCAAACGUUAUCAUUAUUUGUUGUGAGAGACAACCAAGCUUCUACCUCUGGGCCCAUUAGUAGUGGGCUAGACGAAUUGAAUUCGCUAAACUCCCUGAGAGGAAAACUACAAAUCUCAAAUUUGAGAUGUUUGGAAGAUGUUUAUUCAGAACCCAAUGCUGCCAAUUUAAGGGCAAAACAAUAUCUUGACCGGUUGUCAUUAUUAUGGCAUGCAAAUGAUCAUUAUUUUUGUUCUGAUGACGACAACGAUGGUGAUGAGAAGUUAUUAGAAGGCCUCCAACCACACCAAAAUCUUAAAUUUUUGUCUGUGAAUGGUUACGGGGGUGUGAGAUUUUCAAGUUGGCUUUCGUUGCUCACAAAUCUGGUUGAUUUAUCUAUAACUGGUUGUAAGAGAUGUCAACAACUUCCACGAUUGUCUCAACUCCACUCUCUGGAACGUCUAUGGCUUCAUAAAAUGGAAGUUUUGGAGUACAUUUCAGAUGGUGAUAUAAAUGAGGAGGUUCCUACUUCAUCCUUCUUCCCAUCGCUAAAGUCAAUUUUUAUUCACAACUGCCCUAAACUGAAGGGAUGGUGGAGGAGCUCAUCAACAACAGAUCACCAACAACAUCCGCAUCACCAGUCACUGCCUUCAUUCCAUCAUCUUUCUGAUUUAUUUGUUUUAUAUUGCCCUAAUCUAAUUUCCCUGCCUCCAUUUCCGUAUCUUGAAGGAAGUCUACAAUUGCGUGAAGUCAGUUUGAAACCUUUACAACCGACAAUAGCGAUGACUUCUUCGCUUCCUUGUUCCUCCUCUUUCUUGUCCUCUCCUUUCUCCAAAUUAAAGUCUAUGGCUUUAUUUUCUAUAAAGGAUAUAGAGGCUCUACCAGAUAAUUGGAUGUCAAACCUGAGUUCUCUCAAGAGUCUACGCAUAAAAGGAGGCCCUAAGCUGAAAUCUCUAUCUCUAGCCGUGCCCCAUCUCACCUCACUCGAGAGAUUGGAUAUUCUUGAUUGUGAGCUGUUUGAUUCGAUUAAUGACAUGGGUGAUGAUGGCACCGAAUGGCAGCAUCUUAAAUGCCUCAGUUCUCUGAGUUACGCAAACGUUCCGAAUUUGAAGUCUAUUCCUUCCGGGCUUCAACACGUUACUGCUCUGCGAAAGCUUGAGAUUUCUAAUUGUCCCAAUUUGACGAUUUUCCCAGAGCUCACCUCAGUUGUAUACCUUCAUAUUUCAGACAGCCCCAACUUAACAUCAAUUCCCGAUGGGAUUAGUAAUCUCACGUCCCUUGAAGAACUUUGCAUUUUCAAUUGUCCAAAUCUCAAAUCACUUCCUGAUGAGAUGCUUUCUCUCAAGUCUUUACAACAGCUAAUAAUUGGAAAAUGUCCUGACUUAGAGAUAAGAUGUGAAAAGGGAAUUGGGGAAGAUUGGUUCAAAAUCGCUCACAUCCCUAUUUUCGAAAUUCGGGAUAACCUCUGGUACUUCUGACCUACCUCAAGAACACUAGGCCUCUCGGCCUCGACAAUGCCACUUGCAACAUAACCUCUGAUUUAAUUAGAUUAAUCAUCAAGUGAGUGUGGAUCAUCUAAAGAGUUUGAAGAUUUUUGUGGAAAAUAUGGUGAAGGAUCUACUGCUUGGAUGCUUUGAGGAUUUCGGAAACUGAUCUAGCUCAGAAUAUAGGCAAGCUUGGAAUAUUACAGAAACGAUUUGUUGUUUAUCCACAGCGAGUUGGUAUAGCAAUUAUCUAGCCACAACCGAAAAAUUAAGAGUUAUUGGAGUCCACCAAAGCGUUGAAUCCUUAAACAAACAAGAUUUCAAUAGUUUAUGUGUCUUCCGACCAUGCUGGUAAAAACGAAUAUAGAGCAACUAGCAAAAGUAAAUUGAGUUUGUCUUGACUAAACCAGGUAACUCACCUUUUACACAAAAGCCACCAAUAUUGUCUCUUAAAUCUAUGAAGUUGCUGCAUCAACAGUCAGAGCAGGGCUUGUGCUUUUGUGCAGUAGAGUGGAGAAAAAAGGAAUGUUGCCUCCUGCAUGCUAAAGAUCUAUCUUUGUGUCAUCAACAAGCAUUUUGAUGUUUGAGGCUAAGAUAUAUCACAUUCUUGGUCUGAAUCAUUUUCUCAAGUCAUUAAGUACAUUAUGAUGUAAAUUCUGUUUAUGGUGAGUUUCUCAGUUAUUGGAGUCUGUCUGCCAGAGCUUUGAAUCCUUAAACAAACAAGAUUUCAAUAGUUUAUUUGUCUUCUGACCAUGCUGGUAAAAACGAAUAUGGAGCAACUAGUAAAAGUAAAUUGGUAACUCACCUUUUACACAAAAGCCACCAAUAUUGUCUCUUAAAUCUAUGAAGUUGCUGCAUCAACAGUCAGAGCAGCGCAUGUGCUUUUGUGCAGUAGAGUGGAGAAAAAAAGGAAUGUUGCCUCCAGCAUGCUAAAGAUCUAUCUUUGUGUCAUCAACAAGCAUUUUGAUGAUUGAGGCUAAGAUAUAUCACAUUCUUGAUCUGAAUCAUUUUCUCAAGUCAUUAAGGACAUUAUAAUCCUCAGGUGGAUAUCAGAGAAUAUGGAUCUGUUACUGAUAAUCAACUUGCUACAUCAUUUCUCUUUAAGGAACAAGAUCUAUGGAUCUAUCAUAAUGAACAUUUUAGCUCAGAUUUUAUCUAGCAUUACUUAGGUGACCUGACUGAGCAACUGUCAGAAUCAUUCACACCUGAUAAUGCCAUCAGGUUUAGUCCAUGAUCAAUUUGACAACAAUUAAAUGGUUUCCAUUCCAAGGAAUCACUUUCCUUCUUUGG